AUGUCCCCGUCGUCGACGGGUGACUCCCCGCGUUCGGCCACGGGCAACGGUAACGAGGGGAGGUCUUUUCCCGUGCCGUCGCGCGAGGCCUUCAACGUCGACGUUCCCUCACCUUCAAUGACCAACGGCAUCCACCCUCUUAAGUCGCCCGCCUCGCUCAAGGUGCAACGAACGCCCAGUUUCAGUAGAGAUGGUUUCCUAGGUUCCGUGCAAAAGGCCCGGAACAUGUCUCAGUCCUCCGAGAACCGUCCCGAUGCUCUGACCAAUGGCAUGCACAAGGCGCCCAGCGACGAGGGGUCCAACCCGCUAAAGAGGAGAAACACAGACGUUGGCCUCGACUACCCACGGAGGAGGGCCACCAUUGCAUGUGAAGUGUGUCGCUCCCGCAAGUCCCGCUGCGAUGGCACAAAACCAAAGUGUAAGCUCUGCGCCGAGCUGGGCGCCGAGUGUGUCUACAGAGAGCCCGGCAUCAAGCUGGAUGCCGGGGAUAAGCUGAUUCUCGAGCGCCUCAACCGUAUUGAAAGUCUGCUGCAGAUGAGCAUGGUCGCCGGCCAGGGAAACGGCAUCGCCAUGAACCAAGAGUCGCCAUCGAUGAGUAACGGAUCAGGUCUCAACGGAGACAGCUUGAUGGGCAUACCAGGCUCAGGCAACGCUGUCUCCAUCAUCCCCAACGGCGGCCUGGGCACGUGGAACAACCCGACAAACAUAUCAACCAUGCCCAAGAUGCACACGAAUGCGGCACUUCAUCUUUUGCAAUGGCCUCUCAUUCGCGAUCUUGUCUCUCGCCCGUAUGACCCGCAAGUCCUGCUCCAGCUGGAAAUGGCCCGCGAGCCUCUUCAUUCGCUCACAAAGACGCCAUGUGUCGACCUGUCCAACACGACCGCCUACAUCGAGGCCUACUUUGAGCGGGUCAAUGUCUGGUACGCCUGCGUCAACCCGUACACGUGGAGGAGCCACUACCGAACGGCCCUCUCCAACGGCUUCCGUGAGGGCGCCGAGAGCUGUAUCGUCUUGCUGGUCCUGGCCCUGGGUCAAGCGAGCUUGAGAGGCAGCAUCUCACGCAUCGUCCCCGGAGAGGACGCUCCCGGGCUACAGUACUUCACGGCCGCGUGGGCGCUGCUGCCCGGCAUGAUGACGUCCAACAACGUCCUGGCGGCGCAGUGUCACUUGCUGGCUUCGGCCUACCUGUUCUACCUGGUGCGGCCCCUGGAGGCUUGGAACUUGCUCUGCACCACCAGUACCAAACUCCAGCUCUUGCUCAUGUCCCCCAACAGAGUCCCUCCCAACCAGCGGGAGCUGACUGAGCGAAUCUACUGGAACUCACUACUAUUCGAAAGCGACCUGCUGGCCGAGCUGGAUUUGCCACACUCGGGCGUCGUUCAAUUUGAGGAGAACGUCGGCCUUCCUGGCGGCUUCGAGGGCGAGGAGCAAGAAGCGAUUGGCCGAGACGACCUCUGGUACUUCCUCGCCGAGAUUGCCCUGCGGCGGCUCCUCAACAGGGUCAGCCAGCUCAUUUACUCAAAAGACUCGAUGGCUUCCACCACCAGCCUGGAGCCGGUGGUGGCGGAGCUCGACUUUCAGCUGACGCAAUGGUACGAGAGCCUGCCGAUGCCGCUGCAGUUCCCCUUCACCCGCACCCUCCUCUCCGAUCCGGUGCAGACCGUGUUGCGCUUGCGCUUCUUUGCUUGCCGGACGAUCAUCUACCGCCCGUACAUCUUGGCCGUAUUGGACAACGAGCAGGCCGUGCUGGACCCCGCGGUGCGCGACAGUUGCCACAAGUGCCUGGAAGCCUCCAUCCGGCAGCUGGAGCACAUUUCACAACAUCACGCCGGCCACAUGCCGUACCUGUGGCAGGGAGCGCUCUCCAUUGUAUCGCAGACGCUACUGGUCAUGGGUGCGACCAUGUCACCCUCUCUGAGCAGUAUCCUCCUCACCCUCGUUCCCCAUAGGGAAACCAUUGAUCAGAUCAUCAACGACGUGGUCAUGGAAAUCGAGCGAUACUCGACACUGGCCCCGAGUCUGAGCCUGGCAGCCGAAAUCAUCAAGGAGGCCGAAGUGCGAAGGAGGGCAUACCUGAGCGGUUGA